AAGUAUAAAACUGUGCCACUGUCUUCACUUUACAAAGGAAACCCUUUCUGAAUAAUUUGCCAUGUCUCUGAAAAUGUUUCAAAUUUUGGUGUCUGCUCUGCUGUUUACAGCUUCUGUUUCAGGUGUCCUUGGAGCACCUUUUCUGGCAGAAGAAUCAGCAAAUCAAUUCAUACGACUUAAACGACACAUACCGUAUUCUCAGAGCUCCUGGGACCCAAGCAGUAGCCAGAAUUCAUGGGCAUACACUGUGGCUGAACAGAUUAGUGAAUCAUGGGCAGCUUUGAGAGACACAGCACAGUACUACAUGGACUUGAACCCUCUUGCCUUCAAUCCUUCGAUAUCCAAGUACGAUGGGGUUUCUCAACAGAGCAUUUCAUAGGCUUGGAGUGUGUGUGUGUACCUAAUGACAACAUCCUAUCUUAUGUGGACCUGCUGCAGCAGUCUGGGACUCACCUCCACCAACAGACAAGGACAAGCUAUUAAAUCCUACAUGUCUUGUAUCUGGCCAUGUUAGGAUAUGGCAUGUUAUGUAUUUGCCAUUAUGUAUUUGAUAAGACAACUUUAUCUCACCCAAUUGUCUAAACCCAAAAUUAAUACACUAAUUCUCUGCAUAAAUACUA